AUUUUGGUUCAUCCUGAGGAACAUGAACAUGCCUUCAUUUACGAUGGGGCAAACAGAAAAUGAAGACUUCCCUGCUUUGGCCAGCACAUCAGCCUCUCAACCUCUGAAUUUUGCCCACCAGGACUUCAAUCCUGGCAAGGUAGCCAGUCAGAGUCCUCACAAGCAGAGAUCCCCAGGCAGAGAACAACCGGGGAGGCCGUCGACCCCUUUCCCAGAGAAUGAAGUACAGUUCGUACCCACUUUCCACACCAUGGCUCCUGAUCAUCAGCCCUUAGAUGGCAUUGACCUUGACAAUCCUGGCAGUGUGGACGGCUCUUAUUCAGCUCCUGAUGCUAUGGGGGCAACACCAACUUUGAACCAAGCAAACCUAUGUUUUUCAGGACAUUCUGGUGAUGCCCUCCACCAUCAUCAGCCUCACCACCAACAACCUGGACCAUUGUUUUUCUCUCAAGAGCAGGCGUGGCCCCCGGAGAGUCACAAGCUGUACUACAGCCAAAGCCUGGACUUGGACACUAGUAGUGCCCUGCACAGGACAAACCCCUUUGUGACAGGUCAAAGGUCAGCAUCGUGUGAUGCUUCGCAGGGUAGCACGACGCCUACAUCACCGGUGGAGAAAGACGAGAGGAUCCCCAAUUCGGCGGUCAGGAGAUCAAGAGUUUGGAAGUAUGGUCGGAGGAGCAGCGGGAAUCACAGUGACAGGCAGCCUUUCACUUUCAGCGUAUCAGCUUCUCAGGCAGGCAGCGGUGCUAUCGGAGGGAUCGAUCACAGUAGUACAAGGUUCUUUGGAAAGAGAUCAAUGUCCAGUACAAGACAUGAUGAAUCGUGGUCUUAUGAGCCUACGACAAAACAGUUCAUCAGCGAGGAACGCAUGACGGCCGAGAUGCACAACCUCAGUCUGGAUGGUGUCGCCCGGCAACCCAUGAUUCCUCCUCCUUCGUCAUCGACCCCCUCGUCGCCUUCGCUCUCAUCCUCGAACCUCUCUUCCGCCGCUCCCAGCAUGAACCUCCCUUCAACCAGUGGACAGUGUAACCAUGGCAGCUCCUCUUCUAACCUCCUGAGGCAUCACAGGUGUCAUCACAAUCAUCGGUCGAGAACUUAUGCUGAAGCUGUGCUUGCCGAUAUCGAAAGAAGACUGGACAAUGAUUCCGACGAUGAGGGAGUAGAAGAAGACAUGCCCCCAAACCAGGGGGAUGGUCAUCGGCUGGAGAUGACCCCUCAAUUGGUAACUGCUCUCAAGUGCAAAGGAGCUUCCAGUCACAUGCUCCCGCAAGACAUAGUCAAGAAAAUAGUUUCAUCUCCUUGCAUGGAUCUUGUGUUAUGGAGACCGCUGUCCGUCCUCAAUCCGAGGUUAGGCCCGGACCCGUCCUUGACGGGCCCGUUGUCCCCCUCGUCGUCCGGGGGCUCGGAGCUGGCGCCCAUCAUGGAGGUAGAGGUGGAGAGGGAGAGGGCGGAAGCAAGCAGCAUGAUGCAGCAGCAACCCCACCCUUACCAGGGGAUUCCCCCGGCUGCAGGUGACAUCAUGCAGGAGGAGGCGUUACCAGACUUUGACGAGGAUAUGGAUCUGUGAAAUUUCCUCGUCAAUGAAUUCACCCGUGCAAUUUGCCCAUAAAACGUCUGACAACUAUUUCCUCAUUUUGCCCAUAUAUUUAUUUUCAUUGAAAGCAGUCGCACAAAGAAGAACGAUAGAUUUGCGUGUAUGCUGUGGUUCUAGUAAUAGUUGCAAGUUUGACCUUUUCCACCAAUUUUCCUUGAUUAUUGUUCAAGGUAAAAUAUUUACAAGUAACCAAGCACUUUUAGUGCUAGUCCCGUAAAUGUGUAUUUCCUAAAUCAUAGAUAUAAGUAUUCCACUGAAACCUGUUACCUUAAGAAUGGUACAGACUUUUUAAUGACCCACUUUUAUUUCCUUUUAAUCAGAUAUUCAUUUUCAGCAAAAACACAAAGAAGAAUGUUGAAGCUUUGGUAAUACAGUUGCUUAUAAUUCAGAAGUACAUCAAGAAGAAAAUAUGUAGGUAGUAACAGCCAAUGUGUUAAUUACGUCAAUGUUCGCUUUGCAUUUUAGAAACAGUAAUAGGAGGUAUUCCAUUGUUUGAACAUUCUUCCGACCAGAAAAUAAAUAGCAUGAAUACCGGUACCAAAGUUUCUCAUGAAGUUCUUUUGCUGUGAGUAUAAAUACACAGUUUGUAAUAGCCAUGUAACUUUUCCACUUGGGAAUCAUCAUUCGUGCAGCGUUAAUUUUUUUUUUUCACUAAGAGUUUGUUUAGUCUUGCAGUCUUACUGCUAGCAUGCAUUACUGGUAUGUGAGAUACAAAUUAAGAUUUGAAAUUUCUUUGAAUCCAUUGUUGCAAUAUUUGAUAUAUUAAAGAUAAGCUGUUACUGGUACUCUUUUUUGAAAUUAUAAGAAAAACAAUUAAAGAUCGUGAUGAGCAUUUUCAUCAGAAUGGUUUAGGUAAUUAAAAAUGAGUUCUAUGACACAUCCAAAUAGUAUUUACCCAUGCGACAGUUUUGGUUACUGGCACUACUGGGGAUGAAGACAAAUGACUUGCCUCACCUGGCUCAGAGAUGCCACUGGCGUAAAGCCAAUCGUUAUCUCCUAUUGCCAGCAGAAAGA